AUGCGUGGGCGUGUAUGGCACCAGAGGCCCGCGCACAUGCAGGGGUGGUCGGGGCACAUCGAUCUGCAAGUGGUCGACGACUGGCAGUACCCAUCUUUGUCCUUCUUGCCCAGCACAAAGUCGAAGUUCGUGAGGAGCAACUCGCUGUCCCCCGGCUGCUUCCGCGCUUCAUUCUCUGUGUGGACGGCCGCCCACUUCAUCCAGUUGCUGAGCCAUGUGCUCGAGCGCUGUCUUGUAGCUGUCUGGGGCGCUCCCGAGCUUUGCGAUCUGCCGCAGGCCGUGACGCUGGUGGUGUCGGUGUUGUCUCCGUCGCCCAUGCAUUCGUCAAUCACCGUGUCGUCCACCACGGUGACGAGGCCCGACACAAGCAGGUUGCCAAGCGACUGCGGCAGAGAAGAGUGGCUGAGGAGCAUUGGCUCACUGGCGUUCGCAAGCAAAAAGAGAGCUAGUGAAACGAUCUCGGUGCCGAAACACCGCUCUGAAGGCGCUGGGUCGCUCGCUGACAUAGACCCUGUGGCCGUUGUCAGUCAGCAAGGCCGUGCAGUAGAGGCUACGAAGCAGCCAGCGGGCAACGGUUUGCCUUGGCUUCGCAUGCUCAUCGCGACUCUCGGCGCAUGCGCGCUCGUGGGCAUCGGAUUCGGCGUUGGCAGCGACGUAGACUGGGAGGCGCCACCGUCAGAUGGCAUGGUAGUCACGGAGCUCAACACCUACGAGAAGGACGGAUACGUGCAUGUUCGGGUCAAGGCAGGACAUCUGGAGGGUUGGGGCCAGGCUUGCUACCACAGCAGCAGGUCACAACUGUCCGGUGUCGUUGCCAAACGAGUGCACACUUGGGUGGGUCCGCAUGUCCUCGGCAAGACGGUCGAGACGCCUGCAGACAUCGACGCCGUUACCGACACAGCUUGGCGACAGAACUACAAGCACACGGGCGAUGUGCUAGCGCAGGUCUUGGCCGGCGUCGACACAGCGCUGUGGGACCUUGUCGCGCGCAACCUCAACGUCUCCGUCUGCACCCUCGUCGCGGAGGUGAUGGGCGGUGAGUGCAAGAGCCACAUGCCGGUUUACGGCUCCAAUGGCAACCGAGAGACCGACAUGGGACUUCUUUUGGCAAACGCCGUGCACAAUCACGACAAGUACGGCGUGCAGGCCUUCAAAUUCCAAAUCGCACAGCGCAUGGGCGGGGAUGUGGACAUCACGCCAAACCGAACCGAGACCCUCAUACCGCUCGCGCGGCAGCUGCUAGGUCCGGAGGUGACGCUUCUGGCCGACGCCAACGGCGGAUACGACACGAUCGAGCGAGCCAAGCCGAUCGCCCAGCUCCUCAUCGACAACAACUUCACCUUCUUCGAGGAGCCCUACCCAUUCUGGGAAUACGACAAGGCUGCGGCCCUGGGGGCGGCGAUGCCGGGCAUGCCGAUCGCGCUCGGCGAGCAGGAGUACCGCAUGGAUGUGUGGCAGAGGAACGUCCACGCCAUGGAUGUGUGGCAGCCUGACGUACACUACAUCGGCGGGGUCUCGCGCAGCCUCGCUGUGGCUCGGAUGAGCAUGGAGGCCGGGGCCAGAUUCAUGCCGCACUCCCCAAACCCGAGCUUCGUGGCUGUCUUCACACUCCACAUAGCGGCGGCCGUGCCGAACGCCUUCCAGUUCAUGGAGGCCGAUGCCGUGAACACACGGCAGCCACCGGAUGGCAAACGCUUCUUCACCGAGGGUGUGCUCAAGAUCAAGGACGGCAAGAUGAAGGUGCCGACUGGCGCUGGCUGGGGUGUCGCGCUCAGGUCAGAUUGGGUGGACGAAGCGUCGAAGCGGACGAGCAAAAUGAAGUCGUCGCCGCCUCCACCAUCACCCACCGCCACGUGA